AAUAUUGGAACUAAUACACUCAAGUUUAGUUUUUGAACUAAGCACAACGAGAAAAGAAUAAACAUGAAUUUCCGUUUUGGAUUAAUCUCCUUGCUUGUGGCACUGGUUUUCGCCGUUGCCCAAGUCAACUCUGAGGAAGCUGAAGCAGGCAUCAACAAACGGAGUGCUGAGCCUAUCAAUGCCCAGGCGCAGGCACUCAUUGAUGAGAUCAAAAAAAGGAUGGGUCGUGAUGCUGAUCCAUCGAAAAAACUUUUGGACAUGAUCAGAGCCCAACGAAAAGGAAAGAGAAGCCCUGAAGCUGAUCCUGGAAUGAUGAGCGCAUUAAUGGGCAUGCUAUCGAAGGUUGGUUUGGGAAAACGGAGUGCUGAGCCUAUCAAUGCCAAGGCGCAGGCACUCAUUGAUGAGAUCAAAAGAAAGAUGGGUCGUGAUGCUGAUCUAUCGAAAAAACUUUUGGACAUGAUCAGAGCCCAACGAAAAGGAAAGAGAAGCCCUGAAGCUGAUCCUGGAAUGAUGAGCGCAUUAAUGGGCAUGCUAUCGAAGGUUGGUUUGGGAAAACGGAGUGCUGAGCCCAUCGAUGCUAAGGCACAGGCACUCAUCGAUGAGAUCAAAAAACGACUCGGUCGUGCUGCUGAUCCAGGAAAAGUGAGCAUGGCUCAACUCUUGGAAAUGAUCAAAGCCAAUAAGAAAAAAGGAAAGAGAAGCCCUAAUCCUGAUCCCGGAAUGAUCACGGCAAUCUUGAAAACGAUACCAGGAUUAAACCUUUUUGUCAAGAGAUCUGCUGAACCGAUGAAUAUCGCCCGGGAACGCCGAAAUCCUGAUCCGAGUAUCUUGGAUGUUAUCACCGAUGGCGUCAACGCAGCCAUGAACGCGAUGGGUUAAAAAAACUGGAAGCAAAUCGAUUUUCAACGCUUCAGUGAAGCACUGAUAAAUGUUCUUCGGCGGAGGGUAUCAGAAAAAUCGCAAAUGAUUAUGCAUAAAAUGUACCAUCAUCGAAUAAAGACGAUUCAAAACUUAUACUUCGAGAUCCAUUUUUAUUACUAAAAUUAUGCGAAGAUGAAAAAAUGAUUUUUUUUUUAUACAAUAAAUAUAUAGAUAUGAAUUCAAAAUUUAGAAUCCUUCGACGAUAAAAAUAAAAAUAUUAUAAAAAAUGUAAAACGAUUAUGAGCGCGAAAACGGACAAGGCACUAGCAAAUGAUUGCUUACUCCAACAAUCAAACGAGAUUUUCGGUUACAAAGAAGCAUUGAGCCGAAGAAGAUGCGACGCCAGAGGAAUAUCAUUUUUAAAUGUACCACGAAAACAUCGUCCGAAAUUCUUUUUUUCCGAAUGAAGCACGCAUCUGAACAAAAGCAUGCCUCUUAUAAGUCCCCAAUGUCUGAACGAAUAUCUGACACAAUGUUCUCAGAUUAUCAAUAAAAGCAAAAAUGACGAUUUUAUAUAACUAAAAAUUGUGAUAUUUCUUUUUAGUUUUUUUUUUUAUUCAACACUAGCUUUUAACCGUGGCUUUACUCGCGUGAUAAUUUAACAAACUUUGCCAGGAGGAAUGAGACACCGACCAUACGUACUUAAAAGUGCACUUUUUAAGGACGCUUGCGCAAAGAAGAAGGGAGGACGAUAUUCGGUAUAAAAAUACGAAUGUUCCUUUAAGCUAACCUUGGGAAUUUGAUGUUUUUCAAGGACUAAAAGUAGCUUAUGUCACUCUCCGUCCUUAAAACUAACUCCCUGCCAAAAAUCGAGUAGAUUAGUUGCUUAGUUAAGGCGUGAAGAAAGGACAAACAAACAAAAUACACUUCCGCGUUUAUAAUAUUAAUUAGGAAGUUAGGAUUUAUACAACACAACAAUAAAGAUUCGUUUAAACGUCUGAAAAGUGCGAAAAAUUUGGUUUUUUUUGCACAUUAGAGUGUGAUAUUUUUAAAAGUUCUUAAUACACGUGUGAACAGUUUUUUUUACUAUGCUUGUAUUGCGAACUCGAAGCAAUAUUUUCGUCUAAUAUGCGGUUCUUGUUAUGAGUAAUUUUCGGCAUUUAGGCCUUAUCAGUGAAUAGCACUCAUCGGCAGUAAGUACUAGGAUAAAAGAAGCCGGAAACAUAUUGCUAGUAGACUCGAAUUCGUGCCACUACACCAAGAACACCGAACAAACCAUGAACUUUCGUUUCGGAAUAAUAUUUCUGGUCGUCGCGGUGAUAUUCGUUAUUGGCCAAGCCGAAUCUGCCAACGUAAAUAGAAAACGGAGUACAAACGGAAUCGAUGUGGAAAAAAUCGUAGAACAUAUCAAAGAAGCACUGGCCAAUGAUCCUGAAGAUGUAGCGGUAAUAAAAGAAGAGCUUCAAAAACGACUUGGAAGGAGCGCCGAAAGCAUGUACAACAAACGUCCAGAGUAACAUCGAAGUCUCGAAGGGGAAAUCCAAGGAUAUGAAUUUUACCAAAUGUACUUUCAGUGAAUAAAUAUAUUGUGAAACAGAA